AUGGAUGAAGUUGAUGUGUUGACGCGUUUGCUUCGUAAGCUAAACGCAGCAAAUGUGAGUCCGGAAGAACGUCAGCGACUUCAGGCACAAAUUGAAGAAAUUGUGGGACAGGAGUCCUAUCCAUUUGAAACAAGUGGCGACGUAGAAGAUGAUGAAUAUUUUCCAGAUGAAGAUGACUUCGGUGAAGCAUCAGAUAUAGAACAGGAAAUCGAGUUAGAGGCUGUUCUGGAUGAAAACCAUGAUGAUAUUGAGGAUUUGUAUAGAGAAGCUAUCGCCCUUGAGGCUUCAACUACAAUGGAAUCAUGCAGCACAUCUAUUACCCAGGGCCUUAUAUACAGGUCGAAAGAUAGUAGAAUGUGGAAUUCAAAUCCUCCACCACCUGGAAGGCCUCGUUGUCACAAUGUUACAACUUUUACUCGUAAAGGGCCACUACGAGGAGCGUCACCGAGUCAUAAAGCUCUUUUCAAGCUAUUACUGUCUCCUGAAAUCGUAAGUAUCAUUGUGCGGGAAACCAACAGAAAAGCCGUUGAAGCGUUUCGUCUAUGGAAUGAAAAGCAUCCCAGUAAUAAACAGCGUUCUUGGCCAGCGAAAGAAUUGUGGGCCAGCUACAAUAUGCCAAUUUAUAAGGCCACUAUGUCAUUGAAUCGGUUCAAGAGCUUAACUACUUUCAUCCGUUUCGAUAACAGUGGUACUCGUGCUGAGAGGUUGAAGCAAAGCAAAACUGCUGCCCUGGACGAUGUAUGUAGUAUGGCUCAUGCUGAUGGCCAAUUUAGAGAAAGCAUACACUCCGGAUUGUCAUGUAACCGUCGAUGAACAGUUAUUUCCAUAUCGUGGGCGCACUCGAUUCACCCAAUAUAUUCCGAGUAAGCCGGCAAAAUAUGGCAUGAAAGUGUGGUCGAUUUGUGACU